UGACCAUUUAAACUCAUAGCGAAUGGGUACAAAGCGGUUGUAAAAGGCAUCGUUUGUGGCUCUGCGAAGGACUUAUGCUCCGGGUGACACAACAGGAAAACCCUUAAUAUGAGUGAUGACAAACCUUUCCAAUGUACUGCUCCUGGCUGUGGACAGAGAUUUACAAAUGAAGAUCACUUGGCUGUCCACAAACACAAACAUGAGAUGACCCUGAAGUUUGGUCCAGCAAGGAAUGAAAGUGUCAUCAUUGCUGACCAAACACCGACACCCACCCGUUUUUUAAAGAACUGCGAGGAGGUCGGACUCUUCAAUGAACUUGCAAGUCCGUUCGACCAUGACUUCAAAAAAGCAGCUGAAGAUGACAUUAAAAAGUUACCAUUGGAUUUGUCACCUCUCGCAACGCCUAUCAUGCGCAACAAAGCUGAGGAACUCACAGCUAUGGAAGCACAUCGAGAUAGCCCUCUGCCUCACCCCGAAUCUACGACAAACGAUGACGUGAAGGAUUUAUUUUUGCAGCCAUCCUCACUGCCAACCUCCACUAUAGUCCAUCCUGCAUCCCUCCAAGUUCCCAAUGUACUUCUAGCAACCUCAGAGGCUAGUGUUGUAAUUCAGCAAGAUCUCCCGUCACCAACAUCUAGCUCUGUUAUUACCCAAGUCCCAUCCACUAAUAGGCCUGUAGUCCCGGUGUCCGGCACCUUCCCUGUGCUCCUACAGCUGCCUAACGGCCAGACCAUGCCGGUUGCUAUACCUGCGUCUAUUACAAGCUCAAGUAUACAUAUUCCAACUACAAUCCCUCUUGUCAGACCUGUCACCAUAGUGCCUAACGUCCCCGGGAUCCCAGGACCCCCCUCGCCACAGCCACAGCCCGUCCAAUCAGAAGCAAAGCUGGUUACCACUGGAAAUGUUGGUGAAGUCCAGAGCAGCGCUGUCACCCACUCUCCUGCUCCCCCUUCCCCGGCAACCCCAUCUCCCUCCCCGAUGGCGGUCCUGAGUCCGGCUCCUCUCCUGCCCUCGGCUGAGGAACCUUCUGCCCUCUCCCUUCAGCAGCCAGCCACCUCCACCACAGAGACCCCUGCGUCCCCAGCGCCCUCUGCGCAAAACCCCCCGAGCACAGGAGGUCGGCGGCGCAGAAACACAAGCGAAAACCCCGAUGAGAAGCGGCGCAAGUUCCUGGAGCGAAACAGAGCCGCGGCUUCUCGCUGCCGGCAGAAGAGGAAAGUUUGGGUCCAGUCUCUGGAGAAGAAGUCUGAUGACCUCAACUCCACCAACGGACAACUGCAGAGUGAAGUGACCCUGCUGAGAAACGAAGUGGCUCAGCUGAAGCAGCUUCUUCUGGCUCAUAAAGAUUGCCCUGUAACCGCCAUGCAGAAGAAAUCCGGCUAUCACAUCUCGGAUAAGGACGAGAGCUGCGAGGAGAUGUCCGUCCCCAGCAGCCCCCAGAACGAAGCCAUCCAGAACGAAGCCAUCCAGCACAGCUCCGUCAGCACCUCCAACGGGGUCAGCUCCUCCUCCACGACCCCGUCCGUCUCCACCGCGUCCAACCAGAGCACAGAGGAGACCCAGCCUUCAGGGAGCUGAUCGCCGCAAACCGUGCCCGAGCGUCAAACCUGGAGCCUCUUUAAUCCCUGCGACACACAGAGGGAUUCUCUUCAGUUUGAAGUGUGGUGUUUUUCAUUUAUUAAGAUUGUAUUGUUUUUGUUUGGUCCAUUUUGUCCUCCUUUCGCAAUGCUUUUUGAAAAUGCAAAUGUUUUCUCUGGAAUUGAUGAAGACAAAAGAACAGGCACUUUAGGUGUUAGAUGUAAAACACGUGGUUCUAAAAUGAUUUUGUACUUGUGUGAUUUAUUUAUUAAUCUUAUGUUUGUAUUUAUUUAUAAGCGAUCAGCCUUAAAGUUUGAUCAGUGAAUUGUUAGAGACCUUACCAAAGUAUGUUGUGUGGGUCAUUUGUAAUUAGUUUGCUUGUUUGUUUUCAUUACUUUUGUAAGCACUGUCUUUAUGAUGAAGUUACAUAAAGAUGAGUCAGCCUUUUUUUGUAAUUUGCUUUUUCAAUUUUGCACAUUUUGAGAGAUAAUUGGUGACCUUUUUAGAGAUUGACAGCCCACAUGUUAUUAAGUACAGGCAGAUUUUUAGAAGUACAUUUGAAUACUGUCACAUUACACACAUGUAAAUGCCUGAAUCAGAUUUAAGAUUUGACAACUCUUCUGUGAGUGAGAUCAGAUGUAGUCACAUUGUGCUGUUUGAAUGUUUGCGCUCACCUCUGCUUGUAGAAAUAGUGUUGAGGAGGUGAGCCGGUUAGAAACGUGUUAUUUCAUUAACAUUCCACGUGUUGUCUGAUUGUUCCUGAAGCAGUGAUUGUAGGAUUGCAGUACCUUUUCCAUUACUCAAUCUUUGUGAUGUUGACUUCAUUCAGUGCCAUUAAUGUUUUUGUAUCUUCUGUACAUUUCUAAUGCAGAUUAGCUCAAACUGUUAAGAUUAAGGGUCUCAUGAACAUUUUAGUAAGGAGAUAUCUUGCUUUGUGUAAGGCUUCAACGCAGAACACUUAAAGAUGUUGUUUUCAUGAUUACAAUUUUUUGACAUUUUUAGAAAACAUUGUAAAUAACGUCAAUGAUACAUUGUGUGUGAUCUUUUUAGGUGGUAUGUACUUUUGUAUAGAAUAGUCUGGGGACAGAGCUGAGCCCUGUUGACCACAUGAACUAUGUUAGACGUAGAUCUUAACAAUGUUGAAAUCAUUAAGAUGACUCGACUUCUCAUGUAAAAUAAAGCGUUCAGAUUUGAACUGGAAACACAUAAUAUAUAUUAGAGUAACACUCCUACCGCCUGUAAGAAUCGUGAGCAUUUCAUCAUUGAAACAAUAGUAAGAAGCAAGUCACACUAUGAAGUCAAUUUGCCUUUUUUCUUAGUCUGUCCUAGCUUACUACUGUGUAGUUUUAAGAAAAGCUAAAAAAAAAAAAAAGGUUUUCUUAAUGUAUGAAUCGUUUUUAUUUUCACUGUUUUGUGCUAUUUGCAUGAGAUAAUAAUUCUCCGUGAGAAUUUAAUUGUUUUAAUAGUAAUAAUGUCUCAGUCAGAUAAAAAAUAUAAUUAAACAAGUUGUUUCAACUUCAGUUGUGGCUCUAAGUUUAUGAAAGCUUUGGUUUGUUUUACCUCAGCGUUACUGCUAAAACAGGAGUGUGAUACUGUAUUGAAAAUGUACUUGUAACUUGUGAAAGUUCUGUA